CCAAGCUGGUAUUAGAAAAUUAACUAAUCAAAUAAAAGAACAUGCAAAACAAAUACUUAGUCCUCCAUCACAAAUUAUUCAAUCUGUUAUUGCAAAUAAUCUCCAAAAUAUUUAUCCAUAUAUUCUAUCUUAUAAUACACUUUGUUAA